CCCCAAAAUCGCUAGUCUCGAAGCGAUGAAGCAAAUGAAACGAUUGGCGAUCAUUAAAAGUCUGAAUUUGUUCAUCUGCAGCUCAUUAGCAGGCACUUGGUUGCAGUGAGAAUGCAUUGCGCGAGUGUUUUCUUCGUUGUUUCGGCCCUUUUGGUCCUGAUUUCGGCCCAGUCCAGCCCGUACACCAGCAAAUACGACAAUGUGGACGUCGACAAAAUACUGAAGAAUGAUCGGGUGCUGACCAACUACAUCAAAUGCCUGAUGGAGGAAGGGCCCUGUACGCCCGAAGGGAGGGAAUUGAGGAAGACUCUUCCCGAUGCUUUGGCUAGUGGCUGCUCGAAAUGCAACGAAAAGCAGAAAUCCACCACUGAGAAGGUGAUCAGACAUCUGCAGACCCGCAGAGCCAAAGAUUGGGACCGAUUGAGCAAAAAGUACGACCCCGAAGGCGUCUACAAGCAAAAGUACACAGCAGAGCUGAAGACUGAGACAACUGCCUAGGCACAAGCUGUAACCAGUUGAUAAAUGGCCAAUAAAAUAAAGUAAAAUAAAUUUAAUUUUCCAAAAAAGUA